CGUUGGUCUUCUGCACGUCAGUCGCGAUAGUUAGUUCCUCGGUUAAGGACGUGUCUCGUUUCGGUGAUCGGUUCUUGGACUGCCAGUAACAAAAGUUUGUGUUCAGGACUUUAUAUAAAUUGGCUUUAAAAUAAAGCACAGUUUUGGUCAAAAACGAAAAAAAAUGUGGAAAAACGUGGUGGUGUAUUUCGCCAUUUUGGGCUGUUCCUGGGUCAGUGGGACCACGAAGCUGCAGGAACGCUACAACUGGAAGCAGCUGGAUUUCGUGUUCCCGAACCAACAACUGAAGCAGCAAGCUCUGGCUAGUGGGGACUAUGUCCCGACUAAUGGCCUGCCGGUUGGAAUCGAGCGCUGGGAGAAUAAACUGUUUGUGUCCGUGCCGCGGUGGAAGGAUGGAAUCCCCUCGACACUCAACUACAUCGAUAUGAACCAGACACCGUCCGGCUCUCCGCCACUGAUCCCGUAUCCGGACUGGGCCAGCAAUGUUGCUGGUGAUUGUGAAAAUGGACUCAACACGGUGUACCGUAUCAAAGCCGAUAAAUGUGAUCGUUUGUGGCUUCUGGAUACCGGCACCGUUGGCAUCGGAAACACUACCCAGCAACUCUGUCCGUACGCAUUGAACAUAUUCGAUCUGAAAACUAACCGCCGACUGCGUCGCUACGAACUUCGCGCGGAGGACACCAAUCCCAACACCUUCAUAGCCAACAUUGCGAUCGAUAUGGGACGCAGCUGUGAGGACACGUUCGCGUACAUGUCCGAUGAGCUCGGUUACGGAUUGAUCGCUUACUCGUUCGAACAGAACAAAUCUUGGCGAUUCGCCCACAGUUUCUUCUUCCCGGAUCCUCUCCGUGGAGAUUUCAACAUUGCCGGAUUGAACUUCCAGUGGGGUGAGGAAGGUAUCUUUGGAAUGUCGUUGUCGCCUUUGCAAGCGGAUGGUUUCCGUACAAUGUAUUUCUCCCCAUUGGCGAGUCACCGCGAGUUUAUGAUAUCCACCAAGACGCUUCGCGAUGAAAGCCGCGUAGAAGAAAGCUUCCAUGAUUUCCAAUAUCUGAAAGAACGAGGACCGGAUGCUCAUACAACCUCGCGAGUCAUGAGCGAAAGCGGUCUCCAGCUGUUUAACUUGAUCGAUCAGAAUGCCGUUGGCUGUUGGCACUCGUCUCUUCCCUACAGUCCGGAAUAUCACGGAGUUGUCGAUCGAGAUGACGUUGAAUUGGUGUUCCCUGCUGACGUCAAAAUUGAUGAGCAGGAAACCGUCUGGGUCAUUUCUGACCGUAUGCCUGUCUUCCUGAUCACCGAACUGGACUACAGUGAUGUCAAUUUCCGAAUCUUUAGCGCUCCUCUAAGUACGCUGGUGUCGGGAACCGUGUGCGAUAUGCAACCCACAUUCGGGCCUGCCUCGGUUCAGCCCAAAUUUGGUGGUUCCGAGUCGUCCGACACAUCGGUGGUUCAAGCUGGGUACACGCAACCUAUCAGCUACACUCCAACGAUAUACGCCCCGACUAGUGCCCCAACUAGCGCCGAUAGGUACUCCACCGCGGCCUACGAAACUCCGUCAUCACACAUGUUCUCCGCCCAGCAGUAUCCGACCACGGCGAAGGCCUAUCACUACAACAAGUACCAUAACGUACAGUACCAUUCCCAUGGUGACGGACACGGUCCGGGGUACCAUCACCAGCAUCACCACGGAGGAGAUUAUGAUCAUUCAGGAUACUACUCCGGAUAUCGUAAUUGGGGUAGCGGCGGCAGCAAAAAACACGAAUCUUUGAAGCAAUUCUUCUACUAAUAGGAGCACAUUUACUGUGAAUAUUAUAGGUAAACAGCCGAAGUCGGGGAACGGGUCGUCGUCGGUUAUUUUUGUUGAAUAGAUAAAUUAUUUGUAAAGUCGAUAAAUAGUAGGAAAAAGUGAAAAUGGAAUAAAUUAAGUUAUGAUAGUAGAAAA